CGCUGGUACCGUGGAGGCUGCUGGGAGAGUGGGUCUCCUUCAAGCUUCCCAGUCGUGUGGGGGGGGCUGCAGCUGACCCUGCGUCGCUGCCGAGGCAAGGUCGCCGGCUGAUGAUGUGGUGAGGUCUCCCGCCUGUCCCUGCCACGCCCGGGUGCUUACUGACAGCCGCGGUCGCUGGGGCCGCGGCUCCCGGGCUGCCGCUGCUUUGGGGGUUUCUCCCUGACAGAGGGCGGACGGACCGAGAGCUGAGGACGCCGGGCCAGUCCGGUCAUGACUACUGUCAUGGAAUGAUAAUCUCAUGAGUCCACUAUUGCUGCAGAUGUCAUUUGACUCAUCGGAGAAAGUCUGUUUUAAAGAAAAUACCCUUAUGACUGCAUCCAUUUCAUUAAUAAAUGGCUUGAUGGAUUUCCUUUGCUCUGAUUUAUACCAAAGUUGCCCCUCUCAACCAAAGCAAGAAAGGAUCCUGCAUGAGUCAAUCCCAGAAUGCCAUUUUUACAUCACCAACAGGUGAAGAAAACCUCAUGAACAGCAAUCACAGAGACUCGGAGAGCAUCACUGAUGUCUGCUCCAAUGAAGAUCUCCCUGAAGUUGAGCUGGUGAAUCUGCUGGAAGAACAGUUGCCCCAGUAUAAGCUAAGAGUAGACUCUCUCUUUCUAUAUGAAAAUCAAGACUGGGCACAGUCAUCACUCCAACAGCAGCAUGCAUCUGAUGCCCUCUCUCCAGUCCUUGCAGAAGAGACUUUCCGUUACAUGAUUUUAGGCACAGACAGGGUGGAGCAGAUGACUAAAACGUACAAUGACAUCGACAUGGUUACUCAUCUCCUCGCAGAGAGGGAUCGUGAUUUGGAGUUAGCCGCUCGAAUUGGACAAGCUCUCUUAAAGCGGAAUCAUGUCUUAUCUGAACAGAAUGAAGCCCUGGAGGAGCAACUGGGACAAGCCUUUGAUCAGGUUAAUCAGCUGCAACAUGAACUAUCCAAGAAAGAUGAGUUGCUUCGAAUUGUGUCCAUUGCAUCUGAAGAGAGUGAGACUGAUUCCAGCUGUUCUACACCUCUUCGGUUCAAUGAGUCCUUUAGCCUAUCUCAAGGCUUGCUGCAGUUGGACAUGCUGCAAGAAAAGCUCAAGGAACUGGAAGAAGAGAAUAUGGCUCUUCGAUCCAAGGCUUGUCAUAUAAAGACAGAAACUUUUACCUAUGAAGAGAAGGAACAACAGCUUGUCAAUGACUGUGUUAAAGAACUACGAGAAACAAAUGCUCAGAUGUCCAAAAUGACUGAAGAAUUGUCAGGAAAAAGUGAUGAAUUAAUUCGAUACCAAGAAGAGAUAUCCUCACUCUUGUCUCAGAUUGUAGAUCUUCAGCAUAAACUUAAAGAACAUGUGAUUGAGAAGGAAGAACUAAGACUCCACUUACAAGCUUCCAAAGAUGCCCAGCGACAGCUGACAAUGGAGCUGCAUGAGUUACAAGACAGGAACAUGGAAUGUCUGGGGAUGUUACAUGAAUCUCAAGAAGAAAUAAAAGAACUUCGCAAUAGAUGUGGUCCUGCUGCUCAUCUCUACUUCUCCCAGUCUUAUGGAGACUUUACGGGGGAAUCUUUAGCAGCCGAGAUCGAGGGGACCAUGCGUAAAAAGUUGAGUUUGGAUGAGGAUUCUUCUCUCUUCAAAAAAAAGGCUCAACAGAAACGGGUAUUUGAUACUGUCAAGGUUGCUAAUGACACACAAGGCCGUUCUGUCUCAUUCCCCACUCUGCUACCCAUCCCAGGCUCCAACCGUGCCAGUGUCAUCAUGACAGCAAAACCUUUUGAAUCUGGUAUACAGCAAACAGAGGACAAAACACUCCUGAGCCAGGGGAACAAUUUGGAGGAAGUUCAUGGAAAUUCUCAGUCACCCAGCCAACUAGGACCCUCUGAAGACAGUGAUUUAGCUACAGCUUUACAUCGCCUUAGCCUGAGAAGACAGAAUUACUUAAGUGAGAAGCGUUUCUUUGCUGAAGAAUGGCAACGGAGGAUCCAAGUUCUGGCUGACCAGAAAGAAGGAGUUAGUGGCCGUGAUACCCCCACAGAGAGCCUUGCCUCUCUCUGUACUGACCAAUCGGAAAUCACUGACCUCAGCAGUGCCAGUUGUCUUCGAGGCUUUAUGCCAGAGAAACUACAGAUUGUCAAGCCCCUUGAAGGAUCACAAACUCUGCAUCAUUGGCAGCAGCUGGCUCAACCAAACUUGGGAACCAUUCUUGAUCCACGGCCAGGUGUCAUUACUAAAGGCUUUACCCAGUUGCCCAAGGAUACCAUCUAUCACAUCUCAGAUUUAGAGGAGGAUGAAGAGGAGGGUAUCACUUUUCAAGUUCAGCCACCUCUCCAAGUAGAGACAACAUCUGCAGUAUCCAAGCCAGUAACAGGGAUCUUUUUACCCCCUAUUACUUCAGCUGGUGGACUAGUUACAGUUUCAACCUCAAACCCAGGAAAGUGUCUGUCAUGCACGAACUCAACAUUCACCUUCACCACCUGUAGAAUAUUACAUCCCUCUGAUAUCACCCAGGUUACCCCUAGCUCUGGGUUCCCUUCACUGUCCCAUGGAAGUAAUGGGAACAGUUCGCCAAAUACAGCUAUGAAGUCUCCUGCCAUGUCCUACCGACUCAGCACUGGUGAAUCCAUCACAAACCGACGAGAUUCUACUGUGACCUUCAGCAGCACCAUGAGCUUGGCCAAGCUACUCCAAGAGCGAGGCAUUUCUGCUAAAGUAUACCACAGCUCAAUUUCAGAGAACCCCCUACCCAAAGCUGUGGCUACCCCUUUAACACCACCAAAUUCUCCAUCUCACUCACCAUGCCCGUCUCCCUUUCCCUUUGAGUCCCGAAUGCAUCUCUCUGAAAAUUUUCUGGCCUCUCGCCCUACUGAAACAUUCCUCCAAGAGAUGUAUGGUUUGCGGCCUUCCUGGAACCCUCCUGAUGUUGGCCAGUUGAAGAUGAACUUAGUGGAAAGACUGAAGAGAUUGGGGAUAGCCAGAGUGGUCAAGACCCCUGAUCCCCAGGAGAAUGGGAAAAGCCAGGAGACAGAAAUCAAUUUUCAAAAACCAGACUCUGUUAUUUAUUUAAAUUCAGGUAGCAAUUUAUUGGGUGGACUAAGGAGGAACCAGAGUCUUCCCGUCAUGAUGGGUAGCUUCAGUGCCCCAGUUUGCACAGCCUCACCCAAAAUGGGUAUCCUGAAGGAGGACUGAAGCAUGGCUCUAACUGACCUCUUCUGUGUGUUAUUGUGUUAGCACAUGAAGGAUAGACAUGCACUGAUACGUGAAAUUGAGUCUGAUUGAAAGAAAAGGAAUGUUGCAGAAGGAUUGUGAAUGUGGAGGGAGGAGGUGGAGGAAUGGAAACAAAAUUAGGAUGAGGUCCACAGGAGUGAAGUAUAAAUGAAUGGGUCACGAAAUGCUUGGAGACAGGAAAGAAAGAUUUAGUACACUUCUUCAGCUGAGUUUUCUUGUCUUGAAAAUGAACAGAAAAUAACUUCAGGAUUGUUGAAACAUGCCAGAAAUACUAUAAACUUCACUUCUGGAAAACAUAAUCAGGGAGAACCUGCUUAGAAGAGUGGGAAGAAAAGGAGCAGUUUAGACUGUGCCACUAGAAACUGUCCCAAAGGCUUGGCAUGUUGAGUUCAGGUGAGACUCCUGUUCCUCUGCUAGUGCCUGGUCAAAUUAUGAAUUUAGCUACUGGGUUACUCAGAGCAUUGGCAAAACAAGGAAUUGGAUAUUUUUCAUUAUAGCCAAAGUGGAGAUUUGCUUUUUCCUGUUUUUAGGCCUUUGAACCACUGGGAGCACAAACAUUCUUUGGGUCCAUUUGGGGAGCUAGGGAGCAUAGCUCCAGUGGUAGAGCACGUGGCUAGCCCCCCAAAAGAAAAAUAACUCACUUUCUUAAAUUUGUAUUUUUAUACAAUAUCAGAAAAACUUCAGUUUGAGUGGCAGUUGGGAGGGAUUUACUUUAAGAAACCAAGGAAACUUGUUUUUAGACUAUUUCUUCUGGAUAAUACAGUGGCCAAGGAAUACAUAGUUGCAUAUCUCUGAUAUUUCCUUGGAGACUAAAGGGGUUAAACCAGAAGUGCAAUCUGUAGGAAUUAAUGUUAAGUUGUAUGUAUAUGUAAGUUCUUUGUAAGGAAAGUUCAUUGUGACUUUUUCCAAAGUGCACUAUGCAUAUUUUUAAUGGAAAAUGACAUGUAUUUGCACAAAAAUUCUCAGGCACAUUAAAUUAUUAUAAACUGAA